CAUUCGUAAAAUGCAAGCCAGUUUCUCAUGGGAUUGGGGGCCUGCUUUUCCCUCAAUUGGCAUUUGGAGAGAUGUUGAAUUGAUUCCUGUAAAUGAUAUAUUGAUUAAUGACAUUAUGACUGAUAUACGUAAUGAGAAUAAUGCCUGGAGCAUCUUCGUUACAAUAUUUUUCGAAGUAACGCAAAGCAAAGACGAAGAAUUCAGUUGUCAUAUAAUGUCGAUAUUGCAUAUUUCGCAGAGCAAACUUAUUAGCAAUACCAGCGAGAUUGUACUUGACGCAAGUAGGAAGUACAUAAAUGUUAACAUUUCACUCAUCGUGCCUGUAGUAAGUGCUAACAAUUAUUAUUAACAAUUGAAAUCUUAAAUUCCAACACGGUACAAAGCGGAUCUUUUG